AUGACUGAUCGUUCAAUUCCCCUUCGAAUUCCGAGGGUCUCAAUAUCAAAAGCCUCCAGUCCUCUGUCAGCUUGGAGAUAUGAAUCUCCAUUCACUGAUCAAACCAGUCCCAGCUAUAUUGUGGAUCAUUUGAACACAAGACGACUCACGGAAAUCGAUCCAUACCUUUCGUUAAGAAGUCCACGACUUGAUUAUUCUGCGAUGCCAUCUCAUGUCACUUACAAUUCGGUGCCACUUCGAAUUCGAACCGCAUUCUCCCCAACCAAAAGCGGGCGCGAUUUUGCUUCGAAUUACCCAGUGACUGCACAAAUCUGCGGUUUGACACCUCCAAGAAUUGCAGAUCCAGCUGAAAUUCAAGAAGAAUUAACCACAAAUAGUGAAUCUGACGAUUCGCCAAAAAGUAAUCACGAUGUCGACAGACUAGCAUUAUUCAACAAUUCGUCGUUGUCAUAUCAGCGAAUUUGUUUUUUAAUUUCUCGAUAUCCCGCUGUCGCACUGUGUCUGGUUUCGAUGUGGAUGAUGUGGGGCAGAGGUCUCGAAUUGAAUUCUGUUAACAAAAAUGAGCAUAUAGCUCAUAUUCUAGCAUUUACGACAAGUGUAUUUGUGCUCUCGUGUCAAGUCUUGCUGUCGGCAUCGCAUCACAACUCGUACAAAACUGCGAAGCUGCUUUCGAAUUUCUACCAUUUCGCAAAUAUCACCACGAUAAUGAUAAGUAUAACUGCCAUCGUGUUCAGUGCGAUUUCAUUCAGCAAUGUCAAAAGUGUCAACCGCGAAAAAGAUAUAUGCCGACAAAUGGAUAUCAAUUAUACAGGAAAUCCUGACGGCGAAUGCUUUUCUCCAUACGAACGCACCGUCUUCCUCUCGAUUAUAAUCGGCUCAGCAUCGCUGAUCAUCGUUCUUUUUGUGUUUAGCAUUGGUUAUGGAGUUGUUGGCCAGGCGCUAAUGAAGAAUAAGCGGCAAACGCAGUUCAAAAUGUACGCGGCCGCGCAAGACAACGCCGAAUUCCGCUACUAA